AUGGAGCAGGACUUAGAAGUGUUUCAGGAGCAAGCUGUCACUAAAGCUUCUCCAUGUGAAGCUGAACUUCAGGAAUUAGUGCAUCAAAUUGACAUCAUGGUAAACAGCAAGAAAGUGGAAUGGGAAAGGAAGAUGAAAACUUUAGAAGCAAAGAUGGAUAUCCAGGAUAAAGAAUUAGCAAGUGCCCAAAGCAAACUGGAUCAAAAAGGUCAAGAGGUGGGACUACUUCGACAGAAACUGGAAGACUUACAGAAAACUAAAUACAAAAUGGCUCAGAAUUAUGAAACUCAGCUUCAGGCACUGAAAUCUCAAUUGUCAAAGUUGACACAUAGUUAUGAAAAGCUACAGUCACAUCAGUUAAAACAAAAAAAGGUUGAAAGUAGAGAAAAAUACGAGGAAAGCCUGGAGACAUCAUCUGAACUGAGCAAUUUGUACAAGAAACUGGAGGAAUUUAAGGCAAAAUCAAGAGAAUGGGAUAAGAAGGGGACAAUCUGCCAAAAUUAUCUUGUUUAUUUAGAUGCUCAACAAAAAAUAUUGUCCGAGAAAUGUAAUUUAUUUCAGAAGCAGACCCAGAAUUAUCAAUUCCAAAUAAGCAAUAAGAAACAAAACCAAGAAGAGGUAAUUACCUAUUGCCAGCCCAAAAGUGAAAAGGAUGAGGUGAUUAUUGAAAAGCUAAAGGCAAUUGUGAAUGAAAUAGCAAUAAACAAGAAUAAACUAGAAGAGGAAAAUCUGAAACUCCGGGAGGAUCUAAAAAUGUACCAAAACCAGUGCCAGAACAUGGAGGCAGGCUUUUCAGAAAUGAGAAAUGAGCUGCAGUCAUGGGAUGCUCUCUGGAGAAGGAUACAACUGGAAUGCCAACAGUUGCAUGCAGAAUUAUUGAAAAUCAGCGAGUAUAAAGAUAUGCAGGAAAUUCAAAUAAAGCAUCAAUCAUCUUGUGUACAACUUACUGAGCAACUAGAAAAUAAAAACACUGAGUUAUUACUAUUGGCACAAAGUCAAGAACACCAAAGAGAAGAGCUAAACAAGAUAAGAAACCAUCUUUAUCGAGAGGAGCAGUCCCAUCGCUCUGAGCAGGAAAGAAUGAAGACAGAAAUCUUUGACCUGACAGAAGAGCUUCAUCAGAAGGAGAUCACUAUAGCAACUAUCAUGGAGAAAGCUAGUCUUCUGGAAAGACAGUUAAAAAUGGAGUUAGAGAUAAAAGACAAAUUGUUAGCAAAACAACAGUUGUUGGAUUUCCGAUACAAAGUUAUCAAAUCUGAAAACACACAUCUAAAAGAGAUGGUGGAAAACCAGGAGUGUAAAAGUUGCAUGAGUAUAGAUUUAUCUAGCAAAGAACAUGGAAAUUUCACAGCUUCCAUUCACAAACUGGAACAUGAGACUGUAAGAUUACAAAAUAGCCUUGUUAAACUACAAAAUGACACAGAAACAUCAAUACUGGGUCGCAUGGAUACAUAUGGAGAAACAGAGCACAGUUACCAAACCCAUUCAAAGAUGCACGAAAAGGAAGAGAGGGGUCAUGAAAAGAAAAUAGAUUAUAAAUCUCCAUCACCACCAAUGGGGAAUCCUUUGGGCUUUGGUGGGCUGUUUCCUGAAAAGGGCAGAACAGGCAGCUUACUGAGCCCUGCUUACAAUGCAGAAGAAAUCAAAUUAUCAUCUCCCCCUGAGAUGUCCUUCCUUGCAACAACAGAAAAGUUCCUUCAAGAGGAAGAGAAACAUACCAGAGAGUUUGAAGAAUGUUUGAAUUCGCACCUUGAAGAACUGCAAAGACACUCUGAAAAUACUCUAAAAAAAUAUGCCAGGAUACAGCAAAGCAGGCACACUUAA